CACAGAUUCCUAAACAUUCAGACGAACAAGAAGAUCUGUCAAAAAUAUUGGGAAUUUCUUUUUGUAAACUUUCGAGUUCCUUUCCCUCAAAAUUUUUGUUUUUCUUCAGAUUUGGAUUGGAGGAUAAUUAAGUAGUUUCAUGUGUUUUGGAGUAAAUCACUGUGUUACUGCUUUAUAGUUUGUGUAAGCACUAAAAAACUUGGGCUUUCAUUUUCGUAGGGACUAAUCCACACAUAUCAUCAUGAGCACAUUAGAAGAGAGACGCGAGGCCCGUCGUCGCAGGCGGCAACAGGAGGAAGCUGGGCUACAGUUGACCAGCGAAGAAGACUUUCACCUACAGGAACGUCUAGAACGACGCAGAAAAGAACGGGAAGAAAGGUUGAAGCUCAUAGCUGCCGGGGUAAAUGCAAUUAACGGGGAGGAUGAGCUCGAACGUCGACGCAGGGAGAGGCGAGAAAUGAGGCUCAGGUCCUCGGAGACCACAGAGGAAACCACCACCAGUCGCCGCAGUCGCCGCCGAGGUACAGAGGACGAAACUGAUGCCACUGAGGAAUCAUCAUACACAAGCACGCGUUCACGUCGCCGACGCGGAUAUGACGAGGAGGACACCCCAGCAGCUCCCGAAGAACCACAAGUAGACCCAGAGGAGGAAGCUCGCAAGCGUCGAGCAGCACAAGCCGAGCAGGACAGGCUCGAGGAAGAGGAGCGAGCUCGCAAAGAGGAGGAGGCAGAAGAACGGGCGAGACAGGAGGAGAUCAGGAGACAACAGGAGGAAGAGAGAAGGAGACAGGACGAGGAAAGAAGAAGGCAAGAGGAGGCAGAACGUGCUAAGAGGGAAGAAGAAGAGAGAAUCGAGCGCGAGCGAUUGGAACGUGAAGAGGCGGAGCGAGAAGAAGCAGCAAGAAGGAUGGAAGAAGAACAAAAGAAGAGAUCUCGCAAGAGGAAAGGGUUGGGAGGCCUAGACAAAGAAAAGAAGAAUAAACUCAAAGCUCUCAUUAUGGCCAAAGCAGCAGAGGAUUUGAGAAACGAAGCUAAGGCUAAGGCAGAGGAGAAGGAGAGAUACAUCAAUGAAAGAGUUCCACCCUGUGACACUGCAGGCAAAGACAAGGCUGCGCUGGCCAAACUGUGUAAGGAUCUGCAUACCUUAGUGGCCACUCUAGAAGAAGAACUGUAUGACUGGAACAUGAAAGUCAGAAAACAGGAAGCAGAAAUCAACUCUCUAACUCUUAAGGUCAACGAUUCCAAAGGAAAAUUCAUUAAACCAGUUCUUAGAAAAGUCAACAAAGAGAGCAAAUUUGAUAAGCUUAAGAAAGAUAAGUCAGAUUUUCGUGGCAAUUUGAAGUCAACAGGCCAGAGUAAAUAUGCAUUAGAUGAAGAAGGAGAAGAAAAGGCGGAAUAAAUUAUCACCAUGGUUUCUACGCUAGCUAAAUAUUGAGAAAUAGACAAAGAAGAGCUGAUUAUAGCAAUAAUGAAGAAUUUAGAAAGGAAACAUCAUUAUUUGGCGAUUAUCCUGUAGUAACCCACGAUUUCAACGUUCUCUUCCUGUGUGACUCCAAUGUUCUUCGACCUACAUUUGUUUUAAUUAUUUUGGACACAUGCAGUAUAAAAAUGUUUCAUAUUUCGAACUCUUUUUAAUUUUUCUGAAGCAUUGUUUUGACUGGACUGUGGCUAAUUUCUCAUAGCAAGUGUAAAUUUAGAAUGUAUAAUGUAAACAUGUUAGCUAUCUCAUACAAAUGUAUGGUAAUAUUAAAUGAUUACAAUGUAAUGUGGUUAUGAAUGUAUGAAAGUUUUUUCUUAUUACUGAAAGGGAUAGUUUCACAAACAUAUUGUGAAUUGCAUAUUCAUUUUCGUAGUCAAAGGUGCUGUGUAAUAUGGAAUUCUAUUUUAAAUUUUAGUUUUGUUUAUUGAAACUUAUUUAUCCUGCCAAAAAAUAUUUUAUUGCUGCAUGCUUGUACAUGUAAAUCUUUGAUUUUUCCAAUAGACAACAAAUUAUAUUGGAAUAUGAAAUUUUUUAACAUCAAAAAUGUUAAUAAAAGGUGGAAAGAUAUAUUCUACCUUUGGUCUUUUUUAGGAUUAAUUGCCUACAGAUGUUUUUUAACCACUAAUUACUUUAUAGAGCCUUUUAGAUAUAUCUGUUUCAUUUAUUCUAUUUAUUGUGACAGUUGCUGUGUAUAUGUAAAUAUGUGUGACCUAGCUAUAGACUCCUUGCUCAAGACUAGCAGCAAGGAUUAAUAUAAUACUGCAAUUAAUUAAUGUUCAAAUUAUUUAAUAUAAUAUAUAUGUUUCAUAGAUAAUAUUCAAGAUUUAUCUAUAUAAUGUUCCUAAUUAUAAUGAUUUUUAAAAAAUAUUGCUUCCAACAUAUUUAAUUUUUGUCUUAGGCAAACAGUAUACCCAUUGAAAACUGCAAAAUGCUUUGGCCAAUUAUGAAGAACCCAACCCUUUAUUUAUACACAGUUUUUGUCCAUUGGGUGGAAACUUGUGUUUAACUUUGACCAGGAUGAAAUAUGACAUCCAAUAUGUAAUUUGUUUUCUUUAGUGAAAAGAAGUUUCUGUAAGAUCUAGAUGGGAUAUUUUGUUCGAGCAAUAAACUCAUUCCUUGCCAAAAAGAA